AUGAUUCCUGCAUUACGUUCGAUCGAUAAACUUCUUAAUCAAUUUGAUGAAUUAUCAAAAUAUCAUAAAAAUUUUUUAUCGAAUUUUGAUAAAAAUUUUUCUGAUAUAGAAAAUCCAUUACGAGAUAUAGCUCGUUCCGAAGAAGAACAACAAAGAACAACUUCAAAGAUUUUAUUAGUACUUAAUGAAAAUGAUAAUCAAAUAGAAUCUAUUAAAACAAUAGAAGAUUUUCAUCGAACUAUUAAUAAAAAUCGAUAUCUUCAUCGACCACCAAUUUAUUCUUCAAAUGAUAAUUCAUUAUGUAAUUAUAUUCCAUCAAGAACGUCAUCAAUAAUCACUGAAUCGACUUCAUUUUCACAAACAUUACCAACAAAUAUUAAAACAAUAACUCCUCAAUUAAUUGUACCAACAUCAAAUAAAAUUAUCAAUGAAACAAAAGUUCAUUUACAAACAAAAAUUAAAUCAAAAAUUGUACAACUAAAUUCAUCUAGUCCACAACAAUAUACACAUAAUAAAGUUACAACAUUUAGUAUGGAAACUGUUAAUCGUCUUUCAAAACCGAAAACAUAUCAUCAAUUAACAGAUGAAAAAUCAACAAUAAAACAUGUUGAACGACGAUCAAAAUCUUAUGAAAAUAUUAAACAAGAAAAAUUUGAAUGUUCUACAUCAAUAUCUGUUUCACUACCACCUAUUAAACGAAUAAAAACAACAAACAUUAAACCAACUUCUAAAAGACUUGCAGCAGAAAAUAAUAUUCUAAUACAAAUACAAAAACGAGCACUUAUUAAUAAUUCUUCUCAUCCACUUGCUUUUGUUAAUCCAGUAUCAACUAUAAAUCUUUCAUUGCCAAACAAUUUACAACAACAAAAAUCACCUCGUUUUGCCAUUUUACCUCGAAUUGUUACUACUAACAAAAGGUCAAUGAUACAUUUGAAAGCAUAA